AUGGUUAACAACAAGACAUACACAGAAAGAGCUAAUGUCCACCCAUCUCCAGUGGCACAACGUUUGUUCAAUUUAAUGGACUCCAAAAAAACCAAUUUAUGUGCUUCAGUUGACGUUAGAACUACUGCUGAAUUCUUAGCCUUGAUUGAUAAAUUAGGUCCAUUUGUUUGUUUAGUCAAGACCCACAUUGAUAUAAUUGACGACUUCUCCUAUGAAGGUACCAUCAAACCAUUAUUGGAAUUAUCCAAAAAGCAUAAUUUCAUGAUCUUUGAAGAUAGAAAAUUUGCUGAUAUUGGAAACACAGUUAAGUCCCAAUAUACCGGUGGUGUCUACAAAAUUGCCCAUUGGUCAGACAUCACCAAUGCCCAUGGUGUCACUGGUGCCGGUGUAGUUCAAGGAUUGAAAGAAGGAGCCAAGGAAACUACCGAUGAACCAAGAGGGUUAUUAAUGUUGGCAGAAUUAUCUUCCAAGGGUUCUUUAGCCUAUGGUGAAUACUCAGAAAAGACCAUUGACAUUGCUAAAACUGACAAGGAAUUUGUCAUUGGUUUCAUUGCUCAAAGAGAUAUGGGUGGCCGUGAGGAAGGUUUUGAUUGGAUUGUCAUGUCUCCAGGUGUUGGUUUAGAUGAUAAAGGUGAUGGAUUGGGUCAACAAUAUAGAACCGUAGAUGAAGUCGUUUCUACUGGUACUGAUAUUAUUAUUGUGGGAAGAGGAUUGUUUGGUAAAGGCAGAGAUCCACAAGUUGAAGGAAAAAGAUACAGAGAUGCUGGUUGGAAUGCUUACUUAAAGAAAACCGGCCAACUAUAA